AUGUCAUUCAUGCUUGUUACGGUGCCAAACGAGUUUGUCGUGUCAAGUUCGAUAAUUAUGUUGGAAAGCAAAAAGCCUUAUUUAUCCUUUUGUCGACGAGAAACCAAAGCUGGUACAAUCCGAAUAUCGUUGUUGCCUUCGAUGCAGGUCGCUUUUCGUGGUCAUGCUUGGAGAUGCGUCACAAAGUUGGUUAACGAAUUUAGAGAUAUAUUGGGUCAAGAAUUAGAUUUGAUAAUGCUGGAAGGAGGAACUGCCGAAUUUCUUUCAGGUCGUUCAGCCUCUAGCAUCGAGCCGUCAUUCGACACCGAAAUACAAAUGCAAAUGAUUAAAGAAUUGCUGGACACUCGAAUUCAACCCGCCGUUCAGGAUGACGGUGGAGAUGUUUAA